AUGGACCUCCAUCACUGGGACCGACCUUUCGCCCACGAAGACCCCCAUCUUCGAGAUGACAGUUCGCCUCUACGUCUCAUGAACCCGGAUCUCACGCCCACGCCUCCUGUCGUCUUCAGAUCCUCUGCGAAUUCCGUAUCUCCUGAUACGACCCUCAACAGCCCCCACGGCUUCCUCCAAAGACAACGCACUGCACUCACUGCAGCUCUUCUCUCCAUCAAGCGUUCCUUCUCGAGUCAAGACCUGGUGCCCAGACAUGCGAGUGACGAAUCUUAUCUACAGGCCUCAGCGCAUCCUUCAGCACACCCCUCGCCUCUCCAUAUUCAGGACAAAAACACAAAUAAACUCACCAUGCCCUCUGAAGCCAUCCUCGCAGGCAUCUCCGCGUCCCGUCCAAUAUCCUCACAAUCAGCCAUGUCAAGUAACACUAUCAUCCGUCAUCAGAUUCCCGAAGAUCCUUUCAUCACUCAUACUUCCACAUCGCCAGACUCACCACUACCCAAAUGUCUACAGCCUGGAGAUGGCAUCGCUCGCCGCGACUUCCUUGCGCCUCCACCGCUGCGGACGCGUAUGCCGAUACCGUCCACGCCUACGCAUCCUCAGCAUGGCACUGUAAGCCCUCUGACGAGGAGCAAUAGCGAUUGUAGCACUAGAUUCGAGAGCUUGUCGCCUACGAGGAGUGAGAUAUCUAGCGUGAGUGUACGCAGUGGGCCUUUCGAUCUUGCAACCGCUAGUGUUGUCGAUGGAGAGAGCGGGAGAGCAACGCCCCGCGUCAGGGUUCAGAGGGAGCAAACGCCAAAUUGGGAAGUUCAUGUGCAUCCUGUUACUUGA